AGAGUUAAUGGAAGUUAAUCAAGAUUUACACCCAAAUGGAGUGUUCUGAUCUGCACCUGGCAGCAUUAACACCAUUUUGUUUUCUGUCUGUGGGCCCUUUUGUUCUGAUUUGACAUCUCCAGUCCUCCCUUCCACCACUCCAUCUCAAUCAACCAUCCCUACCGCUAGCAUGCUUCUAACAACAACCACCAGCACAACCAGCUCCUCCUCCUCUGUCCUCCUUCCCACCACCACAUCUCCAUCCACCAUCCCUACCACUAGCAUGCUUCUAACCCCAACCACCAGCACCACCACUACCAGCGCAACCAGCUCCUCCUCCUCUGUCCUCCCUUCCACCACUCCAUCUCUAUCAACCAUCCCUACCACUAGCAUGCUUCUAACACCAACUACCAGCACCACCACUUCCAGCACAACCAGCUCCUCCUCCUCUGUCCUCCUUCCCACCACCACAUCUCCAUCCACCAUCCCUACCACUAGCAUGCUUCUAACCCCAACCACCAGCACCACCACUACCAGCGCAACCAGCUCCUCCUCCUCUGGUAAGGCUUCAUCUGCUUCCCUGCUUUGUUGUUUGCCAUGAUCAUCACUAGAAUUCUCAUGCAUUAAAUCACAAAAGAAGUAAAUACCAAGUCUUUCCCCUCCCCCUAAACUGCAGUGAAUUCAGGGUAGAACAGUGCUGCCAACUUAGCGACUAUGUUGGUA